GUACGUCAGGCGCGACGUCACUUGAACGCGCGACAACACGCAGAGAGAUGCAGCAGAGGCUAGUUAGCAAAUACUAACCCCAUAUAUUAAACAGUGUUCCGUUUCAGAGGGAGGAAACGAGCUGAAGAUCAUUUAAGAAGCCUGGAUAGUGAAAACGGACACUGACGAUAUCAGUUAAAGUGUUGUCAGGAUCAGUGAGGGAUAAAAACAGUUAUAAUAUAACAGAUCUGAUAAAACCGUCAGAGCAUCUCUCACCUGGACACAAUGGCACUCCCGGAAGUGGAGAACACAAACGGAGACGAUGGGGCAGGAGAAUCCGAGGUCAUGUCCAGUACAAAUCUGCUGUCUGGGUUCACUGACAGCACCGAGGUCCGAGGCCUGAUCUCCAGGCUGGUGGAGCUGCAGGAGAACCGCGCGGCCCAGGAGAACGCCGUGGAGAGAUUCGUGUAUAUAAUGGACCACUAUCAAGAGCAGCCACAUCUUCUAGACCCCCACCUUGAGUGGAUGUUGAACAUGCUGCUGGAAUUCAUCCGGAGCGAGACGUCUUCCCCAUCGCUCGUCCACCUCAGCUUUAAAUUCCUCUACAUCAUCUCAAAGGUCCGAGGCUACAAAGUCUUCAUGCAGCUUUUCCCUCACGAGGUGUCAGACAUGCAGCCAGUGCUGGAUCUCCUCUGCAGGCAGGACCCCAAAGACGCCACGACGUGGGAAACGCGCUACAUGCUCCUGAUCUGGCUUUCCAUGACGUGCCUCAUCCCAUUCGACCUCUCGCGUCUGGACGGCCAUCUGAACUCCGAGCCCGAGCAGAACAGAGAGCCGAUAAUGGACCGCAUCCUCUCCGUUGCCAAGUCCUACCUUCAAGUCUGUGAUAAAUCCAGAGACGGCGCCUCGGUGCUCGUAUCAAAGUUCGUGACACGGCCGGACGUGAAGCAGAAGAGACUGGGAGAUUUCAUGGACUGGAGUCUCAGCAUCAUUUCCCAGUCCUGUGACCUGAGAGUUUCGGUUCACCAGUCCACCAUGGCACUGGAUGGAGUUCUACAGUCUCUGGCUCAGCUUUUCAAGCACGGGAAGCGAGAGGACUUGCUGCAGUAUGCCCCCACAGUGCUGCAGUACCUGGACCAGAAGAAGAUAGCGGAGAGUAAUCAGACCAUGCUGAGGAAGCUGGCCGUGAAGGUGGUGCAGAGACUCGGCCUCACCUUUCUCAAGCCGCGCCUGGCCAGUUGGAGAUACCAGAGAGGAAGCCGGUCUCUGGCGAUAAACCUGGCUCAGUCUGAGGCUACAGGAAAGGUUCUGGAUGUAAAACCCGACCUGGAGUCCAUCAGCCCAGAGGAGGACUACGACAUUCCCGAGGAGGUGGAGAAUGUCAUUGAACAGCUGUUGGUCGGUCUAAAAGACAAGGAAGCGAUAGUGCGCUGGUCUGCCGCUAAAGGGACUGGGAGGGUGACUGGUAGGUUGCCCAAGGAGCUGGCUGACGAAGUGGUUGGCUCAGUCCUAGACUGUUUUAGCUUCCAGGAGACGGGGAAUGCAUGGCAUGGGGGUUGCCUCGCUCUAGCCGAACUUGGCCGCAGAGGAUUGCUGCUUCCUUCGCGUCUCCCAGAUGUGGUCCCGCUGAUCCUGAAAGCCCUGGUGUAUGAUGAGAGAAUAGGAACCUGCAGUCUCGGCUCUGACGUCCGAGACGCCGCGUGUUACGUGUGCUGGGCGUUCGCCCGUGCUUACGACCCCAAAGAGCUGGAGCCUUAUGUCAAUCAAAUCGCCAGCGCUCUGGUCAUCGUCACGCUCUUCGACCGCAACACCAGCUGCAGGAAAGCCGCUUCGGCUGCUUUCCAAGAAAAUGUCGGCAGGCAGGGCACGUUCCCACACGGUAUCGACAUCCUGACAGCCGCAGACCUCUUCGCCGUCGGGAACCUGAACAACUGCUACCUGACCAUCAGUGUGUAUGUCGCAGGGUUUGAGGAGUACACCACGCCCAUGAUUGACCACCUGCUGACCAGGAAGAUCAACCACUGGGACGGGGCGAUCCGAGAGCUGGCCUCCAGAGCGCUGCACAACCUCACACCUCAGGCUCCGGAUUAUAUGACCAACACAGUUCUUCCACAGCUGUUGCCGAUGGCAACAGGGAUGGACAUGCAAGGUCGCCACGGAGCGAUAUUAGCCUGUGCCGAGAUCACACACGCCCUCUAUAAACUCGCCGCUCAGAGUGACAGACCAGUCACUGACUUCCUGUCUUCAGAAUCCAUCGAGGGUCUCAAAGCCAUUCAUCAAACGCUCUCAAACAGGAAGCAGUACAGGGGGUUUGGUGGAGAGUUGAUGAGACCUGCAGUGUGUCUCCUCAUUGAGAAACUCUCACUCUCCAGAAUGCCUUUUAAGGACGACCCGGUCAUCAACGGCUGGCAGUCGCUCAUAGAUGACAGUCUGAACGCCAAGCAGAGCAUCCAGGAGGCAGCGGUCUCGGCUCUGGCGGCUCUGUGUCAGCAGUAUUAUCAGAUCCAGCCCGGACUGGCAGACACACACAUGCAGGAACAGUUGAUCAGUCGGUAUUUAAAAGGUCUGAAGAGUUCUGAUGUUCAGAUGCGCUGUGGCUGUGCGUUAGCUUUGGGUUCUCUUCCGGACUUCAUGAUCCGCAACAAACUGCAGCAGGUGUUAGAUGGCCUUCAGGAAGCCUGCAGAAUCACACAGAAGGAACAGGGUUUUCUGGAGGCCAGGAGAGACGCUGCCUCGGCUCUGGCUCGGGUGUGUGUAACCGUAGGAGUGUGUGCCCAGGCCAGUCCAGACAGCGCGGUGUGUGAGGGAAACGUGAGAGGAGUGUAUGAAGCUCUGCUGGAGUGCAUGAACGAUUACACCUCCGACAGCCGAGGAGAUGUGGGCUCCUGGGUCCGUGUUGCCGCCAUGACGGGUUUACAGGAUGUGACGCUCCAGGUCGCAGGCUCCGCCCCUCACCUGCUCUCUCCUUCCAUUUGCCAGUGGAUGAUGUGCUGUAUGGCCCAGCAGGCUGCAGAGAAGAUCGACAGUUGCAGAGCUCACGCCGGAGCCGCAUUCCUCCGCCUGCUCCACAGCACCGAGCCCGCAGUUCCUCACAUCCCCCACCAGGAGGAGCUGCUCAACAUCUUCCCUCUUGACAGUGUGAAGUCUCUGAACUGGAGCGCUGCGUCUCAGGCCUUUCCUCACAUCACGCAGCUCCUGAAGCUCCCAGUGUUCCGUUACCACACACUCCUGGGCCUGGCCAUGUCUGUGGGCGGUCUCACCGAGUCCACGGUACGAUACUCCUCCCACUCUCUGUUCGAACAUCUGAAGAGCAUCCAGCAGGACGAGGCGGAGAUGCAGCAGUUUGGAGACACGUUUCUGCUCAUCUUCAGAGAUAAUCUGCACAAUAACCGUGUGUCAGUUCCUGUUCUGAAGAUGUUGGACCAGAUGUUAGGCAACGGCUGCUUCGAGAUCUUCAUCCAUCAGGACAGUCACCCGUUCUGUGUGGAGCUGUUGUCUCUGUGUAAGGAGGAGAUUAAGAAGUCAAUGGACACUAAGAAGUUGCGCUCUUGCAUCUCAGUGUACUGCGGCCUGAUCCAGUUUGAGGGAGACGUAAGGAAGAAGGUUCUGGUGCAGCUGAUGUUACUGCUGGGUCACCCUUACCCUGUGAUCAGGAAGACCACGGCUGCUCAGAUGUAUGAGAUGCUGCUGACGUACGAUGACGUAGUUGAUGCGGCGGUGCUUGAUGAUGUCAUGACUGUGCUGAGUGACUCUAACUGGGAGAGUGAGCUGAGUGUGGUGCGGACCUACAGAAACCAGCUGUGCGAUUGGUUAGGAGUGCCACGGCCCAGCUUGGUAGCCAAGAGUCCUGCAUGAGGCUGACAGCUGAGAAGAGACGGGAAAGUGUGUGCGCAGGUCCACUUCCUGUUUAUCAGCUGUUUUCAUUCCACAUUAAACAAACACCAAGAAUCUUCUCUCUUCCCUGUUCUGAGACGUUACCUUAAUAAACGUUUACGCGUCUGAUCUUCGGGGGUCGUGUCACCAUUCUUGUGUGAUUCUUUUCAAAUGUGAAAGAAUUUUACUGUAUUGUUUUUCUUUUAGCUUAAGUUGAGGUCAGUUCCAGCAUUAUGGAUGUG